AUGCAACAUCUGAUCCGUUCAACGCUAUGCAUUAUCUCAUCUCCAUCCCUAGAUGACCCAAUCUGCGAGUGUUUCGGUGGCGAUACCGAAAAGCUCAUUACUUCCCUUCUCCGGGAAACAAAUGAUACUCUGUCCCUCGCGGAUCAAAAGCUACGCGUAUUUCCCUUCAAAGACGUCAAGGUUUGCUGGAGACGAUUGUAUACGGAUGCCAGCAUUGUCAAAGUAUGCUAUGAAAUAAAAAAGCAUCUAUACGACGAUGAGAUCGACGAGCACAAACAAUCAGCCCCACCAGAUCAGCAGAAAAAUGAUAACGAAGCUCCCCAAAACAAACAAGAACAUGAACAUGAUGACAAGGAGCUUAGGAGGAUCAGUCCAGAUGCCCCAUGGCUAUCACCUACCAUCCAUAUUCUUGACAAAGCACUGAUCAUGACUGGUGCUCCGCGUAGAGAGUCGCUUAUUGAAUGCCUAAUAUCGCGCUUACAAUAUUUGACCAGUCCUCCCACUGCGAGAUCACUGAUAAACGACCCCAAAUUAUUCAGUGCGCAUUUUGAUGUCGAGCAACCACAAAGACACCCACCGGAAAAACGCAGAAAAUUAACGACCCCCUCCCUCUUCCCCGCUGACAGAUCUCCAGCUCCACAUCUCGAGCAUCCUGUUCCCCGUGUCCCAGCGCCAUCUCUUGAAAAAUUUACAGACCACAUGAACUCCAUUCGCACGCCAUUAGUGAUAACGAAUGCAGUGAACCACUGGCCGGCACUCUCCACGCGACCCUGGUCUUCUGCAGAUUACUGGGCACAACGGACAUACGACGGGCGGAGGUUGGUUCCCGUUGAAGUGGGCCGGUCAUAUACGGAUGAAGGGUGGGGACAGAGAAUCAUGCCGUUUGGAGAGUUUGUGAAGAAUUAUAUAUGGAGGAUGGGGAGUGGCGGUGAUAACACGGACGGGAAGGCAAAAGACGAUAAUAGGCAUUACCCAACGGAUUGUGGGGAUUCAGGUGGAGGGGGCGGCCAGACGGGCUACAUGGCGCAACACGAUUUGCUGGCACAAAUACCCGCGCUGAGGAAAGACAUUUGCAUACCAGACUACUGCUACACGGAUCCGCCAGAGCCGGAGCAGGGAACGCCUGUAUAUGAGAAAAGAUUACUCGAGAGACAGGCCGAAGGGAAGAAGGAUAAGUCGAUAAAUGGUCACGGAAGAAAGUUGGAUAAUGAAGAUCAAGAACAAGAUCAGGAUCAUGCAGAAUCUACCUCCGAUAACGAGGACGAUGAAAUCGAAGCUGACGACGUGGAAUCUGAACCGAUCAUCAACACAUGGAUAGGCCCUUCGUGGACGAUAUCACCCUUACACCAUGAUCCGUACCAUAACAUCCUAGUGCAAGUCGUUGGUCAGAAAUAUAUCCGGCUUUACUCACCUCAUACUCCCGCGUCGCAAAUUUAUCCUAGGGGCAUGGAGGUUGUUAAUCCUUCCCCAGAAACAAAGCCACCCCAUGGCGAAGACAAAGGAAUAGCCAAGGAGGCAGAGACGCAGGAUCAACGAAUAGACAUGUCCAAUACAUCGCAAGUUGACCUGGCCGCUAUUGAGCUUUCUCCUGCCGAGUUGGAGACCUGGGAGUUGAUGUGGCCUGGUUUCUUGGAUGCGGAGUAUGUGGAAACGGUUUUGAAAGAAGGAGAGUGUUUGUAUAUACCAAUUGGCUGGUGGCACUACGUUCGCGGCCUUCAGGCCGGGAUCAGUGUUAGCUUUUGGUGGGGUUAG